AUGAGUUUCAGUUCCAUUUUGCAAAAUUUUUGUUUACUUCAGUUUUGGGAUUGGUUUGUACACGUCGAAGACUUAAGUUUCCAUUGGAAAACUCAACCUACAUAUGUCUUAUCACAAACUACAUUUAUUGUUGGUGGAAUAUUUACCUUUAUUCAUGCGUUAAAGCACGGUGGUAGAUUACCGUAUUUGUGGUUUGGUAUUAUUUUACAUGGGCUUAUAGUUGAAGCAUUAUCUUAUUUUUUACCGGACGUUGAUAACUUUUGGCAUUCUCAGACCCCUAUAAUUUUACUGGGAAGGCGUUUACCUCUUCACAUUUUACUUCUUUAUCCAGUGUUUUUGUACAAUGCGUCUAUUGCUGUUGCAAAAAUGCGGUUACCUAAAUGGUCAGAACCCUUUGCAGUCGGUUUAGGAGUUGUACUGAUAGAUAUUCCGUAUGAUAUUGUGUCUGUACAUUUUUUGCAUUGGACAUGGCAUGAUACUGAUCCAAAUAUAGCAGAUAGGCACUACUGGGUACCUUGGAAUUCUUAUUAUUUUCACGCAACAUUCGCCGCAAGUUUCAUCUUUUGGUUCCACUUUACAAGAAAAUUAAUUUGUAAAACUAAAGAAAAAUGGCAACCUGAUACCUUUCCUAGAGAAUUUGCAUGUACCAUUCUAACAGGCCUUUUGGGGGUGCCAGGAGGUGUUUUAAUGUUUCUACCUAUAUAUCAUCCUCUACACGAUAAUUACAGAGUACAUUCGGAAGUAACUUUUUUUAUACUUUUCGCAAUUUUUUUGCUUCUAAUAUGGCUUGGAAUGCGUAAUACAAAUCAAAAAGAAUUUCAAAAACAGGUCGAAUUAGAUUGGUCAACUGGUUUACUACUAGUACAUUUGCUAAUACACUAUAGUCUUUUUCUAGCAAUGACCAUCUUUUUCAAACCGGAAGAUGAAGUUGCGAUUGGGUUAAAAGAACCAAUUGGGUCCUGUGAUGAGUAUGUGGAUGUUUAUACUACUUUCGGGCAGAUUCUGAAAAAACGAAAAUAUCUUUGUGCCACAGAUUAUAACGAAAAAUAUUUUGAUUGGAAUUGUUUGCCUGGUGGUAAGCCACCAUCCAAGGGUUCCAUUUGGUACACGGCUUGUGGAGUGCCCUUAACAAAUAGGGUCGAGUUAAUGGCGAUUAUUAGUACAAUUUGGGUCUUGGGGAUUACGAUUUUCGGAAACCUACACCUUUUCUCAAAUUGUGAUCAUUUAUUUAUUAAAAAUACUACUAUCCAUUAUAAUAAAACUAAGUUGAAACACAAAAAGAAUUAACUGUAUAAAAAAUAAUUGAAAUAAAGAGGUGAAUUACAAGAAUUGGAAUAUAAUGCAUGUAUUCAAGUAAUGACAUUAAAAUUUUAUCUUUUUACCAGAAA